AUGGGAAUUAAAUGCUCAAAUUAGUCAAAGAAAAUUAAAUCAAUAAAUAAGUAAGUAAUUUCUCAUUAUUGAAUAGUGGUCAACAAAAUCAAAUAAAGCAAUAGAAUAGUUAAGAAUAAAAUAUUUCAGAAUGUGAAUGCCUGAUCUGGGAUGAAAUUAACUCCAGAUUCUUUCCAAAAGUAAUCUAAAUGUCAUUAAAUAAUAAAAAUGAGACUUAGUACAUUUUAGAUGGAUAAAUUCUUAGAAUGUAAAUAGUCUAACUAAAACUAUUAGAAAUGAUAAAAACGAAUUUUCUCCGUCACUCUUAUAAAUGGCUAAUUUAGAAUAGAUCAAAUAUUUGAAAUGGGUGAAAAAAAUAGGAUUCAAUCCCUAAAAUUUAAAAAAAACUAUUGCUAUGUGGAAUGGUGAAAUUCUAUUUGAAACUGGUGGAUUUUACUCUGUAAUUGAACUAAAACAAGGUUUAUGGAAACAACUCAUCCCAAAUUAUUGGACGUAAGAUAUUCUUUGUUUAUUAUCAUUAAUAGCAAAGCCAAAGUUUAUGAAAUUGGAGAAUACCAAAACAAUUUGAAAAAAGGAAUGUGGAUUUAUUUAUAUGAGAAUAAGAAAAUGUAUAUUUACAAUGUUUCUUUAGUGGUGGUGGAAGCUACGACGAAUUAGGUUAAAAAAAUGGUAAAUGGAGAGAUUUGAGCGAUAUAUAUUGGGAGUAUUGUGUUGAUUAAUUAUUAAAUAAUAAGUUUAGGGUAAGUAACUUAUGAU